AAAGGAAAUGAACAACAAUAAUAGUAACAUUUUUAUACAGGUUAAACAGAUCUCCAACCUAAUUAGCAAAAAAAUUACAAAGUAAACGAACAGAGCACGGAAAAACAGAAGCCAGCGAGUCAUAUCCUACUUGUGUGCAGUUAUUCAAGUUUCAUUUGGUUUUUCAACCACACCACCAUAACAGCCAUAAAUGUUCAAGCAGGCGAACCCGCUUCCCCACCAUGUCUCUCUUCUUUCAUCACCAUACCAAACUCAUUACUCUGCUUCGAACCCUUUCUUUAUAAACCCACCCUCCCCUAAAGUCUCUCCCCUAUUCCGCAAAAAAACCAAUUCUUCCUCCAACCAAUCCAUUUGCUCUUCUUCCACAAUACCCACAAGCUCCUUUAGCUCCAUUCCCACCACCACCACCACCACCACCACCACCACGACCGAGGUGGAAGCUCAAUCUGAAUCAGAAGAGCUUUCCGCCUCCUCCACAUCAUCAACGCCGUCGUUUUGUUCUGCUUUUAAGAUGGUCCCUGUCGUUGAUCCUUUUGUUUUCUGGACAUUCUUUGCUUCUUUAUUGGGUUUUCUUCUACUUUUCAUUUUCCGUUUCCAGAAUAAGAAAAAUGUCAGUUCUGAGAGAAAGACCAAGAUGAAUCUUCUAGAAGAUCAAGCCAAGAGCUCCGCCGGCGGCGGUGAAAUACCAACGGUGUUCAAUUCCGGCACCGAUAUAAUUAUCGUCGGGGCCGGUGUUGCUGGCUCCGCCCUCGCUCACACCCUUGCCAAGGAAGGAAGGCGAAUUCAUGUGAUUGAAAGAGACUUGACAGAGCCAGAUAGAAUUGUUGGUGAACUUCUUCAGCCAGGAGGGUACCUUAAGCUGAUUGAAUUGGGUCUUGAAGAUUGUGUAGAGAAAAUUGAUGCUCAGAGAAUAUUUGGAUACGGUCUUUUUAAGGAUGGAAGGAGAACAAGGGUGUCUUAUCCUUUGGAACGUUUCCACACUGAUGUUGCUGGAAGGAGUUUCCACAAUGGGCGUUUCAUACAGAGAAUGAGAGAAAAAGCUGCUAGUCUUCCAAAUGUAAAACUGGAGCAAGGUACGGUAACGUCCCUGCUUGAAGAAAAUGGGAUCAUUAAAGGAGUCCAAUACAAAACAAAGAAUGGUCAAGAACAUGAGGCUUAUGCUCCUCUUACAAUUGUUUGUGAUGGUUGCUUCUCAAAUCUCCGCCGCUCUCUUUGUGAACCAAAGGUAGAGGUGCCUUCUUGUUUUGUGGGUUUGAUUCUAGAGAAUUGUCAACUUCCAUUUGCGAAUCAUGGUCAUGUAGUCCUAGCAGAUCCUUCUCCAAUUUUGUUUUAUCCAAUUAGUAGUACAGAGGUUCGCUGUUUGGUAGAUGUACCUGGCCAGAAAGUACCUUCCAUUGCUAAUGGUGCAAUGGCCAAUUACUUGAAAAACACAGUGGCUCCACAGGUGCCAGCUGAACUUCAUGAUGCCUUCUUGUCUGCAAUUGAUAAAGGAAAUAUUAGAACCAUGCCAAAUAGAAGCAUGCCUGCCAAUCCUCUUCCCACUCCCGGAGCUCUUUUAAUGGGUGAUGCUUUCAAUAUGAGGCAUCCUUUGACUGGUGGAGGAAUGACAGUGGCACUGUCUGAUAUUGUUGUACUGCGAGAUCUUCUUAAGCCAUUGCAUGACCUGAAUGAUUCAGCUUCGCUGUGCAAAUACCUGGAAUCCUUCUAUACUUUGCGCAAGCCGGUUGCAUCUACAAUAAAUACUUUGGCAGGUGCAUUGUACAAGGUGUUCUCUGCCUCCCCUGAUGAAGCCAGACAGGAAAUGCGUGAAGCAUGUUUUGAUUAUCUUAGCCUUGGUGGUAUUUUUUCAACUGGACCAGUGGCUUUACUCUCCGGUCUAAACCCUCGCCCAUUGAGCUUAGUUCUCCACUUCUUUGCUGUGGCUGUAUAUGGUGUUGGUCGUCUUCUACUACCAUUUCCUUCACCUAAACGCUUGUGGAUCGGUGCUAGGUUAAUUUUGAGUGCAUCGGGUAUAAUAUUUCCCAUCAUCAAGGCAGAGGGAGUUAGACAAAUGUUUUUCCCUGUGACCAUACCAGCAUUUCAUAGAGCUCCUCCUCUUGAUGCAGAUACAAAGACGAUGUAACAGCGAAAGUUAGCCAGUUUGCUAUAAAUAUGGGGGACCAACUCUACAAAACUACUAUUAUUUAUGAUGAGGAGGAAGGUUUAGAGGUUAAUUGUAAAUUAAUAGAAAUCUUGUUAGUGCAUAUUUCUUUCAGUGUAUGAAUCAUUCCCUAAGCGUGAAAUUCAAAGGUUCUCAGAAUAAUAUCCUUGAAGUUGCAGUCACCUACGACCAAAAAGACUUCAACUGCGUAUCAUUUGGAAUUCUACUCGUAUCCAGAUUCUUGCAAGUCUUAUUUUUGCAAGAUGUAAACUCGUAUAAUCAUGUAUUUGCAUGUAAUAAUGGUAAUAAUAAUAAUGAAGAAGAAGAAAGUAGAUUUGUGAAAACCAUAA